AUGCCGCCCACCAACAAAACCUGGCACAUCCAGCACCGCGCCCUCUCACUCCAAGCAGACAGAACAAAGCAAUACAUCUGCCCAUCAGAAACAAGCACCCACCUAGCAACCCUCCUAAGCUUCCCCUCCGAAUGCUCGACCCUCCCGGAGCUGUACGCCAAAACAAGCAACGAGAUAAUCUCCCUCGCGACAACAAUCGCAGCCUUCGAACCCGUGCGCCUCUACGCCCGAUCCGAAGACAUCCCUCAAGCCCAAGCCCUCCUCGACAAACAACCCCAGCACCGGUCCAACAUAACCCUCAUCGCAGCGCCAACAAACCACUGCUGGAUCCGCGACACAGGCCCCGUCUACGUCCACAGCGCCGACCCAGCAGACAAAACCCGCUACGCCAUCGACUUCCACUUCUGCGAAUGGGGCCACAAAACCACAGAAUACAUCUACGGCGCCAGCGCCUCGCCCGCAGCAGCAGAGGCCCUGGAAACAUCCCCGCAAUAUGCCGAGUGGCCGGUCAUGGACGCGCAAGCCAUGAGCGAGAACACGGCGUUCGCGGGCGUCGUGCUGGAUCUCGAGAAUGCGGGUGCGGACACGGUGGCGGAUGUCGUUGUGCGGGUGGAGACGGAUAUCCGGCUCGAGGGCGGGGGUAUUGAAGUCGACGGCGAGGGGACGUUUAUGGCGACUGAAAGUAGUAUUAUUGGGGAUGCGCGCAAUCCCGGACUCGGGAAGGCGGAGAUCGAGGCGGAGCUUGGUCGGUUGUUGGGUGUUAGUACGUUCGUUUGGUUUCCCGGGAGGGUGGGGCUUGAUGUUACGGAUUUGCAUGUUGAUGCUGAGGCGAGGUUUGUGAGGCCUGGGGUUGUGGUUGUUUGUCGUCCGCAUGAGAAGGCGGAGAAGGUGCGUUGGGAGGUCUAUUCGGAGAUUCGGGCGGUCUUGGAGAGAUCUACUGAUGCGCGUGGUCGGCGCUUUGAGGUUCAUGAUGUUGUUGAGCCGGAUCCGAGCUUCGUUAAGGGAGGUUUUGCUGGGGAGGAGGAGGCGUCGGCGGCGUCGUAUGUGAACUUUUACUUUGUUAACGGUGGGCUGGUUAUCCCGGCGUUUGGGGAUCCUGAGGCUGAUGAGAAGGCCUUUGAGUUGCUGAAGAGUCUGGUUCCUGGGAGGGAGGUUCGUCAGGUUGAGGUCAAUGCCUUGCCUAGGACUGGAGGUGUGCUGCAUUGUGUUACACAGCAGGUGGUGUGA